CGGCAGGGCGCAGCGUCGAGUUCAAGCGGCCGUGUCGGGGGCGCGGGCGGCGGCACUGCUGCUCGCCGGGUGCUGAGCAGAGGCGGCGGGCGAGGCGAAGCCACCGGCCGGGCCGGAGGGCGCCUCGGCUCCGCCGGGGCCCGCGGCGCGGGUCCCUGGACCGAGGAGGAGGCGGCGCCCCUGGCUGCCCGGUGCUUGCCCGGAGGAGGCCCGCGGGCGGAGGUUCCCUACCGCAGCGUCCCCGCCGCACCUCCCGGAGAGGCCGCCAGAGUCCCCGCAGUGCCGGGGGUGCCCUCCGCCUCCCCCGUCCUCACCUGCGCAGGCCGCCUGGCACCAGGUGCGGGGGCGUGUGCACGGCGAGGGCACCUCCCACGUCGCCAGCGGGGCGGGGGCGGGGCCGCCCGCCACCCUUGGUCUCACCGGCCCGCCCGGCCCGCGGCGUUAGCUCCCGAGGCCCGCGGCUCGGGAUGCUGCGGGUCCGCGCCGCCGCUCGCGCGCCGCCCGCCGCCCCAGCGCUUGCCCCCCGGGCCAUGCCUCACUGUUUACAUGCUGGUGAAGUCCCGGACCGCCCCGAGCCCCUCCGAACCCCGGCUCCCCGAGGGUGAAGCCAGCCCGCCUGCGAACUGGACUGGUCGUUCUGACCUGGGGCUCCGGACUCAGAUCCUCGCCCGCUCGGCCGCCUCCGCCACCAUCUGGGCGGGAUCCAGUUCUGGUGUUUUUGAGGAGGGGGUGUGGUGUAGGGAAAGGAGUCCUGGGGAUUUCUACCCCCUCCCUUUUAUUUGGCCUUCGGGGCUUCAGACUCAGGGAACUCGCCCAUGGCUUUCUUGAUGAAGAAGAAGAAAUUCAAAUUCCAAACCACUUUCACCCUGGAGGAGCUGACGGCCGUCCCGUUCGUGAACGGAGUCCUCUUCUGCAAGGUCCGGCUGCUGGAUGGCGGGGAUUUUGUCAGCUUGUCGUCAAGGGAGGAGGUGCAGGAGAACUGCGUGCGCUGGCGGAAGAGGUUCACCUUCGUGUGUAAGAUGAGUGCCAACCCAGCCACAGGCCUGCUAGACCCUUGCGUCUUCCGUGUGUCUGUGCGCAAGGAACUGAAAGGCGGGAAGGCUUAUUCUAAGCUGGGCUUCGCCGACUUGAACCUCGCAGAGUUUGCGGGCUCGGGCUCCACGGUACGCUGCUGCCUGCUGGAGGGAUAUGACACGAAGAACACCCGCCAGGACAACUCCAUCCUCAAGGUCACCAUCGGUAUGUUCCUGCUCUCUGGAGACCCCUGCUUCAAAACGCCACCGUCCACUGCCAAGUCCAUCUCCAUCCCAGGCCAGGACUCCUCCCUGCAGCUGACGUGUAAAGGUGGUGGGACCAGCGGCGGUGGUGGCAGCGGCACCAACUCCCUGACAGGGUCCCGGUCCUCCAAGGCCCGACCUACGAUCCUGGGUUCAGGGCUGCCAGAGGAGCCAGACCAGAACCUGUCCAGCCCCGAGGAAGUGUUCCACUCCGGCCACUCCCGCAACUCCAGCUAUGCCAGCCAGCAGUCCAAGAUCUCUGGCUACAGCACGGAGCACUCCUGCUCCUCCAGCCUCUCGGACUUGACCCACCGCCGCAACACGUCCACCAGCAGUAGUGCCUCUGGUGGCCUCAGCAUAGCCGUGGAGGGCCCAGAGGGUGGUGAGCGGGAGCAUCGGCCUCCCGAAAAGCCACCGCGGCCUCCCCGGCCUCUGCAUCUGUCAGACCGCUCAUUUCGGCGGAAGAAGGACUCGGUGGAAAGCCACCCAACGUGGGUGGACGACACGCGGAUUGAUGCGGACACCAUUGUGGAGAAGAUCAUGCAGAGCCAAGACUUCACAGAUGGCAGCAACACGGAGGACAGCAACCUCCGGCUGUUCGUGAGCCGCGAUGGCUCCACCACUCUGAGUGGCAUCCAGCUGGCCAACAGGGUCUCCUCUGGGGUCUUCGAGCCAGUCGUGAUCGAAAGCCAUUGAGGAGCAGGUGUGCCAACUGGAGAAUGGCCCUGCCUUCUUGGUUAUCCAGACCCACAUCAUUCCAUGAGGAACCUUCCCCUUCGGAUCCGCGCCGCAUCUCCUCUGUGCCUCGUCCAUGUACUCUAGCCCACUCCUGUUCCCAAAGCAUAAUUCCAUUGUCCUCCCAUCCAUGUGGGGACCCUCCCAGCCCAUGAGGGCCUGGGCACCACUGUGAAUAUUCUCUGAACCACUAGAGGGCAGGACAAGUGGGCCCAGGCUGCAGGGGGAAAGACAGAGAGGGUCAAGAUUGUCCCUGCCAGAGACUGACCUGGCCCCCAGCCACAGAUGCGCAGCAGCUGCUCAACAUGUGGGGGUGCUUGUAGCAGAGGGGUUUCUCCCCCUGUGACUCACUUCAGGAGCACCAGCUUUGGCCAGGCCCCAAAAAGGCCUUGCUCCAUUGCUUCCAGGUCCUCGGGGGACCAGACCAUCCCCAGAAUCCUGCCACCUGUGACCCACUGCUUAGUACUUCAACUGUCCCUUCCCUGUGUCCUGGGGGAACCGCUGGCGGCCUCUUCCUGGGAGCCAAGACCUCAGACCCUACCCACACUCCAGAUGAGACCCCCGCCCCCUGGUGAUGUUCUGCUGCCCUGGCAGCCUGCACUUUGCACAUGCACAGUUCAUCAGGCCCCUUCCCUGUCCCCCUACCGCCUUCCCAAGGACUCCUGGGUGCUGCUGCUGUGCGGUCAGAGGCCUUGGUCAAGCAGCCCGGCUGGAACGUGGCUCUGCCUCUGCUCUCCUAGCCCAGCUCAGGCCUGAGCUUACGGUACCCUCUGCCCAGGGCUGGAUCCUGAGCAACUGGCUUUCCUGCAGGAAGGACUAGAGCCCAGCAGGGCUGGGCAAGCAGAGUCCCCUGUCUCUGCCCUCAGGUCAGCUGGCCAGGCUGAUGCCAUGCUGGAGAGGCAAGUAGGCUGGGACCCGACUGGCUGGAGCUGGCUCCCUGCCAGACAGGUCUCGGCCCUCCUCUGUAAGCAUUCCCCACCUCUGGGUUCAGGAGAGGUAGGGUCCCUCAGGGGCCUGCUAUCCCAGUGGGGAGCAGACUGGCCCUGCCCCCGCCCUGCCCUUGCUAAAGCCCCUGCUCUCAGCACUUUGGCCCGUGGUCCUUGUAUUUGCUUGAAGGAGUUCUGGCUGCCAGCCAGGCCCUGGACAGACUUCUCUGCCCCCUAAGGUUCUCUCAUUUUUUAUAAACCCAGCGGGCUGGUGUUUACUUAGCCCUAUAGGGUUUUUCCUUCCUUUUUCUUUUUUCUCUUUUUAUUUUAGUUCUUAGUUCGAUGUUUCCUCCUCCCCCGUUGAGGGGAGGUGCCUCUUCUCUUCCCCCACCUGCUGGCUGGGUCCCAGCAGGGCUGUGGAAGCGGUGGGGCUGGAGCCAGGGUGCUGGUUCUCUCUGGGCAGAGUGUAGGUGUCCUCCCCAGGUGGGAGGGUUCCUUGCCCAGUCCCCGGCUGCCCCAGCUAGCAAAAGUGGGGGUUUGGAGCAUCCUGGCAUUGGGACCAGAACAUUUCCGGGGUUUUUGUCGUCAUUGUCUCAGUCACCUAAUAACUCUUUAGAAACUGAAUGUUAGAAGGUGCUUGCCGGGGUGACAGAGCAUGGGCUCUGGUUGGAGAAGACUGUGUUCAUUGGAGUCUUUUCUACCUGGCAGAGACCUGGCACUUUAAAAGGAAGCUCUCUCAGAUGAGGUGACCCCCUGGAACAUGGGGAAACUGUGUCUGACCUCACCCAGCCCAGGGGAGGUACAGUCAGGGUCUAAUUUGGGUCUGAUUCAGAGUUCUGGGGCUUUAGGCACACAGCAGCUAGAUUUGAUGCUGUGGGGAAGACUGCCAAACCAGGAGCUGCAGCCCCCCUCAAGCUAAGGUUUGAGCUGGAUGGUCACCCCAGAAGACAGCCUGCCACUUCCUCCCAGGCCAGGCCCUGGGCCAGGGUAACAGGGCUGAGAAUUUAACCACAACCAAAUGAAGGCUGGCUAGAGCCAGAGGCCUGGAGCUCUGGCCUCAUCCCCACAUGAGAGCCAUUUCUUCAGACCUCAGGUCCCCUCAAUCUCAGUGAAUUCCCACCAGGUACCCACAGUGCCUGGACUUCAAAUUCUAUAUAUAGAGAGAAAGAAUAUAUUAAGAGAUAUUUUUGGAAAGGAAUUGAUCUGUGCAAUGCCAGUCUGGAAUCUUCUUGAAAGACAGUUUAACGUUUUUACCAGGAGAUUUAAAGAAAAUAAAGGUCUAUGCUAUUUUUAGGGUUCUUUAUUUUCUAGUUACCCCACCAAUGAUCUGCCAGGAUGGAGACUGUCCCUGUUUCCUGUCUCUAGGGAGGAGAUAGAAGAGGGGCAUCAUGGGUUGUUUGUUGUCUCUUGUUUUUAAUCCUCCUUUCUAACAAUGUUGCCACCACUGCUCCCUGUUCUGUGGGCUGUUUGUAUCUCUGUCCCAGCUUCUGUCAUAGAAAAUAACAUUGUAAGGGGAAAUCAGCCUAGUGUCAGUGUCUCGGUUUUGGGGGGAUUAAAUAUUGCAUUUUUUGUUUA